AUGCGCGAGAACAAGUUCCUCAUCGACCCGAACUUCUCCUGGUCGAUCGACAAAACCCUCGCAACAAUGGACGCCCACGAAAUCCAAAUGGGCAUGCUCGGCUGCCCCGUCGUGCCCUCGUCCCAGAUCCGCGAAGCGAAUAUCUACGGCGCGGAACUGGUGAGGCAACACCCGACGAGGUUGGGGUUGUUAUGUGGUCUGCCGACCGACGACGCUGAGGCGUGUUUGCGGGAGAUCGAGUUCGGUCGGGACGAGCUGCAUUGUGAUGGCUUCUGGGUCAACCCGAUCCGCAACGGCGUGAAGUUGUCAGAUCCCUCUCUGGACGCAGUCUGGGCGCGGCUGGACGAGCUGAAAGCCGUGGUAUGGGCGCAUCCCGACCCCAACGAUCCCAGCGUGGAUGGAAGGCCUGGGGCAUUGAUGGAGGUGACGUACGAGAUGCAGCGGGUGAUUAUCGACCAGGUCUAUCGCAAACACUUCCUGCGGUUUCCGAGGGUUCGGCAUGUGUACGCCAACUGCGCGGGCGGGUUUCUGGCGAAUGAAGAGAUUGAGGAGCAGGUCCAGAAGCUCUGGGUUGAUAUCGCCGCGGCGGCGGAGGAUGGGAUUGGCGUUUCUGUUAGGCAUCUUGGGGCAGAGAGGGUGGUGUUUGGGUCGGAUACGGGUGCACCCUGUAUGUGUAUGAAUGUGGAGACUAUGGAGGUCAAUCGACAGGCUAUGCUGAAGUGGGAGAGGGAGUUGGGAAUGGAGAAGGGUACGAUUGGGAUGAAUGGGUGGCAGUUGUUUCCUGAGGCGGCGGCAAGGGCGGUGAGAGGCUCGUACAGUGAAUUGGAGUGA